AUGAGCUUCUUCCUGCGACAACGAUGGAAAGAUUCGCGACUGACAUAUAACACAAGUGGAGUUACCUUUCUUGAACUACCCCACUCUGCUAUGGAGGCCAUCUGGGUGCCAGAUAUUUAUUUCCUAAAUGAAAAAUCAGCUCAGUUUCACAGCGUAUCGGUUCCAAACAGAAUGCUAAAUAUAUUACCUGAGGGCAAACUGUUACAUAGUAUCAGAGUCACGGGAACCUACUCCUGUCACAUGGACUUGAGGAAGUAUCCCCUGGAUAAACAGGUCUGCUCUUUAACAAUAGAGAGUUAUGGCCAUAGUGCUAAAUAUAUGAAGGUGCGCUGGGCCUCUUCGCCUGCGAUUCUCAGUCCCAACAUAAAACUAACACAGUUCACGGUAGACAGAACUGUAGCCUACAAAUGUGAUCGGAAAUAUAUGGGAUAUAACUACUCCUGUAUAGGACUUGACCUAUACUUGACUCGGAUGAAUGGCUUCUACUUCACUCACAUGUACGUGCCGUCCAUGCUCAUUGUCACGCUCUCAUGGAUUUCCUUCUGGAUCGAUAUCGAGGCUACAGCAGCCAGGACAUCCCUGGGAAUUCUAACUGUGUUAGCAAUGACGACACAGAAUGAAUAUAUCAGUGUCCAAAACGUUUCAUAUAUAACAGCAAUGAAUGUGUGGACAGCAGCGAGCCUCGGUUUCGUUUUCCUUGCCGUGAUUGAAUUUGCAUAUAUUAAUGUUCAAACCCGCCAGCAUCUUAAAAAGGCGCUUGAUAAAGAAGCCGGUACCCCUUAUUCAAACAACUUCAGUGACAUAAUAAAACGCAUGGCCUCCAUUCCUAGCAAUGAAACAGACGGUAUACAGGUUUCAGAGAAGAAAUAUAUCGUCAAUAAAAUGGAUAAGGAUAAUAAAAGAAGAAGAACUGUGGAUCAACAUGCUCGUGUUGUUUUCCCUUUGUGCUACAUUUUAUUUAACAUUGUGUACUGGUCUAUCUAUUUUGUCUGGGAGCCAGUUAAAGACAAGAAGCAUUGAAUACGUUUACAUUUAUGAAGCUUAUACAUGUAUAAUUGAGAUCUUACUAAAGAAAAGUAUAUUUGAUGUU